GCAUGUCCCAACCCUUAUAUACCGGUACAGAGACAGGGUGGAGGGGCUGCUGGGUGAGGCUGAGCAGUGAGAGGAGCAGAAGGAUGGCUCCACAGCAUGGGGACAGGAAGCAGGAUGGGAAUGCAGUGGCCGAACCCGUGAUGCGAUGGUUCACCUGGGAGGAGGUUGCACAGCGCACGGGCCGGGGCCCAGCACUGCAGGAGCGCUGGGUGGUGAUCGACAGGAAGGUGUAUGACAUCAGCCACUUCUACCGGAGGCACCCGGGUGGUGCCCUUCUUAUCAGCAGCCACGCUGGGCAGGAUGUCACGGAUGCUUUUGUAGCAUUCCAUGUUGACAAGUUCCUGGUGAACAAGUACUUGAAGCCACUGCAGAUAGGGGAGCUGGCACCAGAUCAACCCAGUAUUGAGCCCACUAAAAAUAAAAUGCUGGUAAAAGACUUCCGUGAACUGCGUGCCUCUGUUGAGAAAAUGGGACUUCUGGAGCCGAAUAAACUCUUCUUCUUCCUGCACCUUGCUCACAUUCUCCUAUUGGAUACUGCUGCCUGGCUCAUUCUCUUUUACUUCGGGACAUCCUUAGUGCCCUUUAUUGUCUCUAUGCUGGUGCUGACCAUUUCCCAGGUCCAGGCUUCAUGGUUACAACAUGAUUUAGGACAUCUUUCAGUCUUCAGGAAGACAAAGUGGAACCACCUGCUACACAAGUUCGUGAUGUGCCAUUUGAUUGGGGCAUCAGCCAAAUGGUGGACUCUUUUGCAUUCUCGACACCAUUCCAAACCCAACUGCUUCCGGAAAGAUCCUGACAUUGACAUGCACCCUUUCUUAUUUACUUUGGGGAAGAAAUUCUCUGUGGAGCUUGGGAUCAAAAAGAAAAAAUACAUGCCAUACAAUCACCAGCACAAAUAUUUCUUCUUCACUCUUCCUCCACUCCUCUUUCCCACCUACUUCCACUGCCACACAUUUUAUAUUGCAUACACGAAAAGGUACUGGGUGGACUUGGCCUGUAUGCUGACCUUCUAUAUCAGAUUCUUUUUUACUUAUGGAUCACUAUUAGAAAUGAAGAGUCUCCUAGCAUAUUACUUUAUAUUCAGGAUGCUGGAGAGCAGUUGGUUUGUCUGGGUUUCACAGAUGAACCAUAUUCCAAUGGAUAUUUACUACGACAAGAAUUUGGACUGGGUGUCUACCCAGCUCCAGGCAACAUGUAAUGUUGAGCAGUCUCUGUUCAAUGACUGGUUUACUGGGCAUCUGAACUUUCAGAUUGAACAUCACUUAUUCCCUACAAUGCCAAGACACAACUACUGGAAGGUGGCUCCACUGGUGAAAUCCUUGUGUGCCAAACACGGCAUUGAGUACCAAUGCAAGCCGUUGCUCACCGCCUUUGCAGACAUUGUGCACUCUUUGAAGAAUUCAGGAGAGCUCUGGCUUGAUGCCUACCUCCACAAAUAGGAAGACAAGGCUUGAUGGUACCAUUCACAAUCUGCCGCAUCUUUACAUCCCCAGCAAGGCUAAGAGCAGGAGCAAUGAAGGACUCUAAGGAAGAAUAAAAUGGAUAACAAUGGAAGGAUCAGAUUGCAGUAGAUAUGAAGUUAUCUGAAUUUUUCUUUUGGUCUUUCCAGAUAUUUUGAUUCAGAUAUAUUACAAGUGAGUAAGGCCAGCAGGAGCUGGAUUGCUAUAUCAGGGAGGAAUGUUUUGUAACUGUGUCUGAGUAAAUGUGGCCAAGAAGCAAUUCUGAGCAUGUGCUCAAGUCAGAUUAUGGACUGGUGCAACUGGACACACUUAAUUUCAUGCCAGAGUCUCCUCUGAUCAGUUGGUUGUUGGUUGUUUGUUUGUUUUUUUUAGAUACUCCUCUUGUGUAUGGUUUAAUGCUUAAUAUAAUGCUUUCCUAUUUGAAGUCAUUGAAAAAUACGCAGGAUUUUGACUUAGCUCAGUGCCCCAAAUAAUGCACUUAAAUAAUAAUAAUAAACUACAAAUUAUGCCUGGAGUAUAAUAGUUAUGUACAAUUGAAUAACAUCUUAAAUGUUUCUCUCAUCAUUGCUCUCCAGAAUAUCCUAUUUGUUACAACACCAGGCAUCCUCAGAUGCCAGGAAAAAAAUACCACUCAAUCUCACUGCUUUUUUCAGAGUUUCUUUAUUCAUUGAUUGACUUGUUUACUUUGUGUAGUGAUGAGCCAUGUAUAAGCUUCCUAUGCUGUGCUAUUUAGUAUUUGUAAUAUGCGUCUCUGAACAAAUAUCAUCCUUAGUUCUGCUCCUGAGAAGUCAGCUGAGAGAUUCUUGUAGCGAAUGAGCAGUGAAAUGUGCACUGUACAUCAUAAAAGUCUACAAAUCAACUGUAGCUUUAGAAUAGAGCCAUCGACUUCCACUCAGCUUUUCCUGUUACAGUGAAGAUAAGAGGUUCUGCACUACAAACAAAGGACUUGGAAGAAAAGAUGAGGUACAGAGAUCAUCAUCUACUCACCAAUCCCACUGCAGCUCUGAAGGUGUGUGGAGGUUCUAAGGGGGACACAAAAAGGCACUCUGAGGGCCCUGGGGCAUGUGGAGGACAUCCGGGUGUACUGAAAAGCAAAAUGAUCACUCUGGCUUAGAUCAACGGGUAAAACAAGGACUCUGGGGAAGCCUCUAAUACAGGAACGUUUUUGGAUCCUAACUCCAGAUUUAGCUGAGCCUUGGCUGACACACAUGGUGAUAACAUAGGGGAAAAAUCUUUGGGAUGAAAAUUUUUUGCAGCCCAGCAACAAUGGAACUCCUAGGAUUUGUCAUUUUUUUCCACUCCUAACUCUUGGCCUCAGCUGAGCCUUGGCCUUGGCAUUAAUUUUUGUUAAUGAGCUGGAAAAUAGGGUAGAGUGCACCCUCAGUACGUUUACGUUUACAGUACAUGACAUAAAAUGGAGGAAUGGCUGACUUACCAGAGAGCUGUGCUGCUAUCCAGAAGGGCCCUGACAGACUUUGGUUAGGCUUUGUAGUUGAAGUUCAGGGUUAGGAUUAGAGUUUGGGUUAAAAUGUAGGGUCAUGAUUUAUGUUUGCUUUUAGGUUUAGGGUAAGUUUUAGGAUCAAUUUAGGCUUAAGGUAAAUGUCAGAAUUAGGCUUUACAUUUAAUGGCAUCUGGGGAGCACUAGAGAUUCUUUAAUGUCAGUGAAAGACACACAGAAGGCUCUGUUUGCUUGCUUAAAUGCAUUCAGAAAUUUCUGGCAUGCCCAGAAUACUGGAAAUCUUGGUGUGCACCAGAAAGCACACCAACAAGCAUGUCUAGAACACAAAAAGUCCUUCUAAGUCCAUAGAUGCACAUCACAAGACUCUUGUUGACUGUAGAGGAGAAUCAAAAUGGUUGCAAAUGCCCCGGUGCACUUCACAGCUCUCUCAGAUUCAGGUAAAACACACCAAAGGCACUUGGCCACUGAGCUCACCAGAAGGCGCUUGAAAAUUACUAGAAAUAGGUCAGUUUCUUGGUCACAAAUAGGUUUUAGGUUUGGGUUUUAGACAUCAAGGAUUAGUGUUUCAUUUAGUAAUACAGACAUUUUUAGGGUUAGGAUAAAUAGUAGGAUGUAGGAUUGGCAUUCUGAGGCACUUGUGGUCUACCAAAAACACUUCCACUUUCUUAUGUGUCAACAAAACACACACAGAGUCCUCCCUCCUCUGGUAUCCAAACUGCAUUCGGAGUUCUGGUUUGCCUAUAAAGUCUGAUCCAGGCUCUUGGUGUCCACCAGAGGGCUCUCCUUGACAAAUUCAGACAAGCCAAAUGCACGCAGGUGUCCCUUAAGAGUCCUCUAAGCGUCACCUGAAGCCCAGAAAGCAUUUGGAGUGAGUCAGUGUCUGGAUGAGGGUUAGGUUAGGAGUUUUAGAAGUAGUUUAGUAUUUGGGUCUCAUUCAGGAUUAGGGCUAGAGUUAGGGGAAUGAUUACAGAUAGAGAUUACAGAUCAGCAUUCCAAGGUACCUGACUUUGGUUUACAGUUUGGUGUUAGGGUUGGUGUUUUGGAUGAGGGUAAAUUUUAGAGUCAGGGAAGGUUUAGGAUAAUUGUCAGGAAUAGGCUUCAGCACACAGAGAACAGUGUUUUUCAUCCAACAAAAGCACAACAAAAGGUGCUUGGAGGAUCACUGUACUCAUCAGAAGGCCCUGGAAGACAAGUGAAGCUGCUGCAGGUAAGAGUGAAGGGAACCUCAGCAGUUUCCCACAGCUGAGUUCUCUGUGUAGGAAAGUAGGGAUCCAGUUGUAAUUUAAAAACGAAUUUACCAGCAGGUUCUCCUGUCUCCAAAGGCAAUAAUUUUCAGCGAUCUAUUUUUUUUUUUUAUAUUGGGGUAUGUCCCUGUGAAUUAAAGUGACCUCAGCCCCAUAAUCCAUUACAGCAACUGCUGCUGAUUAUGAUGGCUUCAAUGUAUUGCCAGAGUGUGUAAGAGCUAUUAUCUCUCUCUUGGACCUUAAGGAACUGUUGCACCUUGGGGCAAGGAGCAGGUGAUCCAGAUCUAGUCAGUCUGCAUGGAUUUUGUAUUUGUUUGUUGGAUUGUUUGAUUGAUUUUUCUAAUGAGACAACAAGGAGUAAUUACUUGGUCCUGGUGUACUUUUUCUUUCCUCACUGAAGCCUGGGGAUGGGAAUGGCAGAGGGAAUUGAGAAUGUAAUUGAUUUAUCCAUCAUCCUGUCAUCUUUUUGCAUUUUCUUUUUCCAUUUUAA